AGCAUCACAAUCGCAAAGAGGCAGGCAGACCUCAGAAGCAAAUUUGGAUUUUAUCUGAUUGAAGAAGGUAUCACUGAGACACCACCAUGUCAAACAUCACUGAAGACCCCUUCCUGAGCACGUCGGCUGAUUAUUCAGGCUAUUACUACUUCGAUGAAAACAAGACCUACUCUCCAUGUGAGCAGGAUGAUAUGAGGUCAUUUUCUGAGGGGUUUCUGGUGACUAUCUACACCUUGGUGUUCAUCCUGGGCUUCUUAGGAAAUGGCCUGGUUGUCUGCGUCCUAGUGAAACAUCGCAACCAGACCAACAUGACUGACAUGUGUCUCUUCAACCUGGCCUUGUCUGAUCUCCUAUUCCUCCUGACGCUCCCAUUCUACAUUCACUAUUCUCUGGUUGGCAAGUGGACCUUUGGUGACUUCAUGUGCCGUUUCCUGUCCUGCUCCCACAGCACCGGCUUCUUCAGCAGCAUCUUCUUCAUGGUUAUCAUGACGAUUGACCGCUAUAUCAUUAUCAUGUACGCUCACAAGGUGGCACGGUAUCGCACAACAAAGGCGUGUUUUUCUCUGAUUCUGUUCAUUUGGAUCCUGAGCAUCUGCGUGUCUCUUCCAACCUUCAUCUUUGCAAAGUUAGAAAAUAAUGGCAGCUGUUUUUACGAACCGGACAGUGACAUCUUGGCCUAUUACGAUAUGUUUGCUACAAAUAUUCUGGGUCUCUUGAUUCCCAUGCUAGUGAUGGUGGCUUGCUACUCAAGGAUAAUCCCCACUCUGGUGAAAAUGAGGACGGCCAAAAGGCACAGAAUCAUCAAGCUCAUCAUCUCUAUAAUGAUCAUUUUCUUCCUGUUUUGGAGUCCGUAUCACAUUUGCCGCUUCUUGAACUUCCUGUAUUCCAAAAACCUAUUAGCCACUGGCUGCACUGUGGAGAUGCGCAUCAAGGAGUGGAUCAUAGUGUCAGAGACAAUAGCGUACACACACUGCUGCCUGAACCCCAUCAUAUACGCCUUCGUGGGACAAAAGUUUAUGAGACGAGCCAUGCAGUUGCUGAAGAAAUGGGCGCCUGGCCCUGUGAGUUUUACCGAGAACUCAUUCAGGAGAAGUUCAGUGAUGUCCAGAUCUUCUGUCACCUCCACUGUCAUGAUGUAGGAGCUACAAGUGGACAUUUUCUGACUUUGGAUAUUGGUAGAGACUCAUCGGGCACUCCAGGCCACUCGGGGUCCUUGUUGUGGUUUCAUCCUUAAAAUGACAACAUUCAUCAGUAUCUAAUCUUAAAUACAAUCUGUACAUCCUUUGAACCCUUUGUAUUUUGUUUCAACCAAGACACUUCCUCCUACUUGUGACGUUGGAUGCAGAAAGGGCAUCAGACCAAGCUUACAGUUUGGAACAGCUUGCAACCACAAAGAUCUUCACAGAGACUUUAGAUAACACAGUUUUGUUAUUUCUUCCUCACACCUUUGCGAGGUGAUGCAAAAUAAUAAUAAAGACAUCUUCCAGCAGAGAACUUUUUCAUCCUACUCUGCAUUCAUUGAAUAAUUUUUUGCUUACUGUGCAGUUGAACAAUCUACAGGACAUUUUCAAAAGUUAUCAAAAAGAGUUGUAUUGUUAUCCUGUCUGCUGUAAUAUGUUCUGCUCUUUAUAAUAAAAUUACUUUCCAGAGUUUUCAAAUCUGUCAUCUUUUCACUCAAGAAUGUUAGUAGUAUGUUGGGUAGCAUGUGAUCUUUCUCUCAGUUAAUGUGGCAGUCUGCUUUGUAGGAGUAUUGCUCAUCUGCAGACUGGAAGGAAAGUGGGACUUUUUUCUGCUUUUAUCUGCCAGAUUAUCAAAACCUGCCAGCUUUUGCAUCGUGUUAGCUACUUUCAUAUAUUGAUGUAGUUGGUGAAACUGAGAGAAGAGGCACGCACUGAGUAGAGCCUCCUGCAAGACAAGGUACUGCAGAAUAUUUUUUGGUGUACAGAUAUUUUUCUUAAUUGUGCCAAAACUUUCUUCAGUUGAAUAGAAACACAACUGAAAUUAUUCUCUUUGGACAUAAAGAAAGAUAAGCAAUGAAACAAUAGUCAACAUUCUGAUGUAUAACAAUGACAAAAUGUAAUGUUUCAAUUCUUGACUGUGUGUUCUAUGACUUGUAUUUUUGUGUUUAUAUGAUGUAAAGUACUUUGAAAUGCC